AUGGUAGUAGAUACAACUUAUUAUGAUUUACUUUCAAUUCAACCAGAUGCUACUUCAUUAGAAAUUAAGAAAGCUUAUAGAAAAGCAGCAAUAAGACUACACCCAGAUAAGAAUCCUGAUGAUCCAACUGCUGCUUCUAAAUUCCAAGAAAUUGGUGAGGCAUAUCAAGUACUUUCAGAUGAAUCACUUCGAAAUAAAUAUGAUAAAUUUGGAAAACAAGAAAGUAUCCCAAGUGAAGGAUUUGAAGAUCCUGCUGAAUUCUUUUCUAUGAUAUUUGGUGGAGAAGCAUUUAAAGAUUGGAUUGGAGAAUUAAGUUUAUUACUGGAAUUAUCUAAAUCUGCUGAAUUGGCAGGAUACACUGAAACUGAUGAGAAGAAACCAUCUGAUAAUAAGGACAAUAAUAAUGGUAAAGCAAAUGGCGAAAACCACCCAGCAAAUGAAUAUACCUCCACUCAUAAGGACUCGAAAUUAUUAUCCCAUACUGCACAUGAUCCAAGUAAUGAUGUAUCAAUUAAACAUCAAACUGAAGAACAAAAACGUAAAGAAGAAUUGGAAAAGUUUGAAGAAGAAUGUAGACUUAAAAAGAUUGAAACUAGAAAAGAAUUAUUAAAGAAAUUAAUUGAAAAAUUAUCACUAUAUACAGAAACUGAUAUGAAAGAUGAUAUAGUUGAAUCAUUUAAAGGUAAAAUUAGAUAUGAAGCUGAAUCUUUAAAAAUGGAAAGUUUUGGUUUGGAAAUUUUACAUACUAUUGGAUCAAUUUAUAAAACAAAAUCCAAAAUUUUCUUAAAGAAUCAAACAUUUUUUGGUUGGGGAGGUUUAUGGUGGUCAAUGAAAGAAAAGGGUGGAGUUGUUAAAGAUACUUUCAAAACAGUUUCUUCUGCUUUGGAUGCACAACGUACUAUGGAAGAAUAUUCUCAAAUGCAAUUGGAUAAUGAAUAUCAUGCCAAAAAGGAAGCUGAAGAAGAACAAGCAAAGAAGAAGAAGGAGGCAGAAGGAGAAGGAGAAGGAGCCAGUAGUGCUACCAGUCCACCAGUUACAUCUGAAGAAGAUAUAGCUAAACUUGAACAUGAAUUGGAACAAGUCCAGCAAGAAAUAAAAGAACAUCAAGAAGCAAAACAGCUUUCUCCAGAAAGCAAAGAGAAAAUACCUCAUAAACAUACUCCUGAAGAAUUAGCCGAAAUGGAAAAGUAUUUAAUGGGAAAAGUAUUGGCAGCCGCUUGGUCUGGAUCUAGAUAUGAAAUCCAAGCUACUAUUCGUGGAGUUUGUGAUGGACUUUUAGAAGAUAAAGAAGUUCCAUUACAGAAGAGAAUAGCAAGAGCCAAAGCAUUGAGAUUGGUUGGAGAAGUAUUUAGUUCUGUUACUAGAACUGAAGCUGAAGAUGAAGAAGCAAGAAUAUUUGAACAAUUGGUGGCUGAAGCUAGUCAAAAGCGAGAAAAGAAGAAGAGACGUCCUAGUAAUCCACCUCCACCACCUCCGCCACGCAAAUCUCAUGAAACAACAAGUGCUGAAGCAAAUGCAUUUUAG